AGCAAUCUUUUCUGUUAUAAGUUAAAACGUUUUAGUUAAAUUUCAAGCUUCUUUUCUCCUAAAAGAAGAAAAGAAAGAGUUUGAAUGUGAAAUUAGGGUUUAGGGUUUUGUGGUUUCCGUACGUUUGUUGUGAUGCGUUAAAUAAAUUCUCAAACGAGACAUUAUUUAGUCGUAAUUUAGACUCCUUUUAUAAAAACGUGGAUGCGAAUGCAUGUCAUAUUCGUAGAUUUCUAUGUAGGGCACGCAGCAUUGGUUUGUUUUAGAGAAUAUAGAUCGCUUGUAGCUUGCGAGGGUGUUUGGUGAAUUAAUCUGUGUUCCUUUUUGGCUGAGUAAUAAUUCAAAAACAGUUUUCUUGUUGGUACUUAGGAUGUGACUUGGAGUUUCCGCUUUAAAUUUUAAGGCUCCUUUUAACUCUGGGCAAUUUUAUUCGUAAAAUUAUUGAAAGAAUUGUGCUUGAAAGCUUGUGAAUGUGUGAUAUGCGAGAAUGAAGUAGUUUGAGGAGAGAUGAGUAAGAAAAAGAACCCUUUGGUAUUCUUAGAUGUUUCGAUUGGUGGAGAUCCAGUGGAAAGAAUUUUUAUUGAGCUUCUUGCAGAUGUUGUUCCUAAGACAGUUGAAAAUUUUCGGGCACUCUGUACAGGUGAAAAGGGCAUUGGCAAAUCUACUGGGAAACCCUUGCACUAUAAAGGAUCUUUUCUUCAUCGAAUAAUCAAAGGAUUCAUGGCCCAAGGUGGUGACUUUUCAAAGGGAAAUGGCACUGGUGGAGAAAGUAUUUAUGGAGGAAAGUUUGCUGAUGAGAAUUUUAAACUGGCUCAUGAUGGACCUGGUGUUCUCUCUAUGGCAAACAGUGGUCCAAACACAAAUGGGUCUCAAUUCUUUAUAACCUUCAAGCGCCAACCCCAUCUUGAUGGGAAGCAUGUUGUUUUCGGAAAGGUAGUUAAGGGAAUGGAUGUUUUGAAGAAAAUUGAGCUAUUUGGAACAGGUGAUGGAAAGCCUUCCCAACCUGUAAAAAUAUCAGACUGUGGUGAAACCUCUGAAAGUAAAAUUCAGGAUGCUGUUGGGAAAGCAAAAGGGAAAGGGAAGAAAUCAGGAAAAGCUCCUUCUUCAGACAGUUCUGAUGAGCAAGCUAGAGGAAGCAGAAUGUCUUUGAAGGAUAGAAGGAAAAAAAGAAAGAGGAGAUAUUCUUCAUCUGAUUCAUACACCUCUGACUCUGAUUCCGAUUCCUAUUCUUCAGAUUCAGAUUCAGAUUCUGAUGUCUCUGCAUCUGAGACAAGUCCCUCUAGUGAUGGAAGAAGACAUAGGAGAAGGAGGUUAGCAAAAAGAGACAAGCAUCAAAGGGGGAAAAAGCAGAAGAAUGGGCGAAGAGAGAGGAAAAAAGGUUGGCAAGAAAAAAGAUCAAAGCGCAAAUCCAAAUGGAGUUCAGAUAGUUCAACUGACAGUGAAAGUGAGAGUACAAGCACUAGCAGUGUCAGUGAUGAUGGAAAGGCUGGUUCUCGUCGCGUUUCUACUCGUAGCAAUCGUAUCUCCAAACUUGCUGAAAAUGAAUCUCUGCAGAAUAUUGAUGUGGAGAAACCUGUGCCAAGCCAACUUUCUGGAAAAGAUGGUAACGAAGGACUACAAAGGAAUAAGUUAAAGGUAGCUGAGGACAACUUACAUGAAGUAGGUGAAUUGUCAGCAAAAAGUGAUGAGCUUCCCAACAAUGGUCAUGGCAAUAAGGCUGCCAACCAACACAAUGAUGUAGAUGGUUCAGACAGAUCAAGAAGUGUAAGUCCAACCCGUAAACCGAGGCCAAACAACAGCCGUAGAAGCAGCCAAAGCAUGGGUCCUCCGAAGGAUGAUGUUAGAAGCCCUCCCAGGAAAUCUGGCAUGCCGAAUCAGGGUAGGACUUCACGUAGCUCAAUGAGUAGUCCUGCAAGGAAAGCCCCUGCAUCUAACCAAGGGCGUGUUUCCUCAAGAAGUCCAUCUCCAGGUGGCACGUCAAAGCGCGUAAGAAAAGGUCGUGGCUUCACCGACCGCUAUUCCUUUGCACGUCGAUACCGUACACCUUCUCCUGAGUGUUCCCCACCCAGAUCCUACCGAUAUGGUGGAAGAAACAUUCCAGAAAGAAACCAUGAUAGAUAUUCAAGUUAUAGAAAUCAUUCUGAUCAAUCAACCCGUAGACGUUAUAGAAGCCCGCCAAGAGACCGUAGUCCCCCCAGAUAUGAACGCAGAAGGAGUAGGAGCCUUUCUGGCAGCCCAGUUCGUUAUGAGGGAAGAUACAGAGAUCGUAGACAGAGGCAGAGUCCUAUUCGAAGUCCUAGUCCUAGAGAUAAACGACCUGCCAUAAGUGAGGGGUUAAAAUCUCGUCUUCGUCCUCAAAUUGAUGAUCAACGCUCCCCACACAAAGACAAAUCAGGGUUCAGGUCCUCUAGGUCAGGGAGUCGUGGGUCUUUACAUUCAAGAUCUCCUGGUAUCUCCCCACCAAUAGAUCGCCGCAGAAAUUCUCCGUCUCCUAACAUGUCAAAAUCAAGCUCACCCUCUGGACAGGGAGGAUUGGUGUCUUAUGGAGAUUAAAUCCAUGCCUCUCAUUUACAUUUAAUCCAUCAGGGUAAGAAGCAUAACUAGUUGCCUUGAUUGUGUUUGGUUUGCAACUCAAGUGGGAAGAGUUUGGGAGGGCAUACAAUUUUUAUGCAGUUAUCAACUUUGAGAUGUGAUUAGAUUGUCGAUUCGGGAUUGCAAAAUAGUUCAAGUUUUUGUUUGGCCAGCUACUUAAGACUUCUAUAGCUUAUCUGAAACAGCAAGAGACUCAUACUUGGCGUUACAUAUGCUAAGAAGGCUUCAAACUUUAGCAAUGCUUAUCUGCAGUGCAAUUGUUUUCUAUUGUGAUUUCCAGUGCCAGUGGCUGUCAAAGAUAGAACAGAAAUAGUCACUGUUUGGCAUGAUAACAUGAAUCUUGAUAAAGCUGCCUAUCAAUCCUGUUUGCACCAGAAAUUUUCCGACGGACGAUCCUUUCCACGAGCAGAAAUAAAGUACAUUGCAAACAAUUUAGAGCGACUAAGGUCUCAGUCCAAGGUCUCAU